AGUGCAAGUGAGUCAAUCAGUCAUUCAUCAGUAUCAGGAAACAGGACGGGGUGGCUAUCGCCGGGGUCUACCGGAGAAUCCGAAGGCGAGGAAAGGUUGCCGAAACUGAUUAAAAGGCCACCGUUAUAUAAUCCCGAACGGUCGUGUUGUUUUCAUUGUGCAAAAGCAUAGUUGAAUUGUGCUGUGGGAACAAGGAUUUUUCUCAACUGAAACAGGAAAUCCGCCGUGCAUCCGAUUGCUGAUGUUAUAAAAUAAAUUCGAUAAUAAAUCAGAGACUGUGAGCAGAAACUUUUAGAUAACAUAAAGGAUGACUACAGGAAGCACUGGUUCUACCUUUCCCAAGUGGCAGCUGGCGAUAUUGAUCGGAGCACCGGUUGCUCUCGGCAUCGGCUAUCUGUACUGGAAAAAAUCAACGGAAGCAGAAGAACCGGAUGAUAAACUAACGAAGAAGAAGCUUGGAGAGAUAAAGGAGAAAACUAUUUCGUUGGACGGGGAAAGCUCGCAUGAUACGGUGGCUAAGCGGAAGACACGUACCCCAUUGGAGGAAGCACAGAAACAUAAAAAUGAGGGGAAUGUCCAUUUUCGGGAAGCGAAAUACGAUCAAGCCAUAAAAGAAUACGAUUUAGCGAUCGAGAAGUGUCCGGCAUCAGAAAUUAAUGACCUAUCGACGUUCUACCAAAAUAGAGCGGCAGCCUACGAACAUCUACAGAAAUGGAGCUCUGUAAUAGAUGAUUGCAAUAAAGCACUGGAUUGUAAUCCGAAGUACCUGAAAGCUUUAAAGCGAAGAGCAAAAGCCUACGAACAGCUGAAAGAGCUGGCAAAAUCCCUGGAGGAUAUUACCGCCGCUUGCAUUCUGGAGGGUUUUCAGAACAAAAACACGCUUGUUCUGGCGGAUCGUGUACUAAAGGAACUAGGCCAACAGCAUGCAAAGGAAGCUUUGAAAGAUAAGCACGACGUGGAACCAUCAAAAUUCUUUGUAAAGAACUAUUUUGCUUCUUUUGCGGAUGACCCGGUUAGAAAGAUGGUAAUUGUUAGCAGCGAACCGAAAGGUUUCGUCAAAGCCAAGCAACUGUUGGAUCAGGGACAAUACGAGGGCAUCGUAGCAGCUUGUACGGAAGAAAUUGAAUCUAGUGAAGCGGAAGCAGAGCACAAAGUAGAGGCCCUCCUGCUCCGAGCUACAUUCUACUUGCUGACGGCACGCUAUACUGAAGCAACAGUUGAUUUGGAUACCGUUAUUGGCAUGGAACUGGCGGAUAAAAAACUGCGCGCUAACGCACUAAUCAAGCGCGCCUCGCUUGCCAUGCAAACGCAGCCCAACAUUCCUGAGGAAUGCUUCAAAUACUUCAGCCAGGCCGAAGAACUCGAUCCAUCCAACAGUGACAUCUAUCAUCACCGCGGUCAGGUGUACAUCCUGAUCGAACGACUAGCGGAAGCAAUCAGUGACUUCGAGAAAGCUUGUUCACUUUGUCCAAACUCGGGAAUGAUUGCUAUUCAUAAAUGUUACGCCAACUACCGGUUAGCGAUGGUCAACAAGGAUGAAUUCGCGCUGCGCAAAGUGAUGGAAGGAUUCCGUGACGCAAUUGACCGUUUUCCCGACUGCGUGGAGUGUUACAGCUUGAUGGCGCAGGUUCUCUGCGAUCAGCAGGAGUUCCAGGAGGCAGAUAACUUCUUCGAGAAAGCUACCAAAAUUGAACCGGAAAAUGCACAGAUCCUGGUUCACAAGGCUUUGCUGCAGUUGCAGUGGAAGGCAGAUCUAACAGCGGCCGUCAAACUUAUCGAGGAGGCUAUCAAAAUCGACGAUAGAUGUGAAUUUGCCUACGAAACACUGGGUACCAUUCAGGUUCAACGGGGGCAUCUGUCGGAGGCGAUUAGGCUGUUCGAGUGUGCGAUUAAUCUAGCCAAAACGGAAAUGGAACUGGUUCAUCUGUACUCGCUGAAGGACGCUGCUAUUGCUCAGGUUAACGUGACGAAAAAUAUGGGUUUGGAUAUUCAUACGCUGGGACAAUUUGCAUAAGGUGCCGUUUUAGGAAAUUUGAAGCCACCAGUCAAAGCUUUUACCUCUUCGUUAAGUUUAGCUGUCGUAUGCUAUUUUCGUCAUUCAUCACCGUCUCGGCGUAGCCCGUUAGCGAUAUUUUGCCUCGGAUUAAAUUUUAUUGUUUUUUUUGCUUUCGUUUUCCGAAACGAUCCCAAGAAAAGAUGCCGGCGCUGGUAUCUGAUUACUAUAUUUUUUUAGAACCCAAUUCUAUAUCAUCCUUAAACUCGAUGGAACAAUAAAAAAUACCACUAGAUUAAAUAGUCACUAUACUUCUAGCCUUAAGGUCCUAUUACGAAGCAAAAUUUAUUAUACAUAGAAAAAAACGCCCUUGUGGUUAAUAAAAUUACAAG